AUAUAGCUAUUUGAAAGUGUAUGUACAGAUAUAUUUUCAAGUAUGUCUCAAGAUGAAGAGAGAGAAGUUUUUCCAUUUCCGGGAAAAGUUAAAAGCUCUGUAUGGGAGUUCUUUGGAUUUUACAAAGAUGACUUUGGACAUUUAGAUAAGAGUCGGGCCAUUUGUAAACUGUGUAGAAAAGGCACUAACUACUCUGGUAACACGACUAAUUUACGCACUCAUAUAGUGCAUCAUCACAAGGAUGUGGCAGCAUUACCUGAUGUUAACUACAGCAGAGCUCAGCUGUCACGGUCAACACCUUCUCAUAACCAAGAAGGUAACUUUGGUUCAUCAGUUUUUAACCAAAUGCACACAUCCCCAGAUGGAUAUUCUCAAACAACACCUCCGAAACUGCAGCGACAGAUUCUGUUGGAUGAAAUUUUUGUUCAACCUUUAUCCUCAGAAUUAAGUGGCAAUUUGAGCAGAAGUGCAACUCAGCAGAAUACAUGGGUAAUGGAAACGGCGACAGGUCUGGUAGAUUCUCAUACAGUUUUUAGCAAAGAUAGCCCAGCACAGGACAAUUCUAGCGGAUCCUUUGCAGAUUCUGAAGCUGAGUCAUAUGGAAGUAUUGCUUCUGUUAAAGAUGCUGUUUUUGAAACUGUCAUCCAAGACUUGAUACCCAUAGAAGCUGUAGAUAGCUCUCGAUUUAAAAAGUUAAUUAGCACUGGUAAGAAACUUCCCAUAGUUCCAAGUUCAUGUGAUAUCUCUGAUUUGAUUACCAGACGUUACUCGGAGCUACAGGUUGUUAUAAAUAAUGAACUUUUGAAGGGAAUACAUAAAAGCUUGAAACUUGAACUAUGGAAAUCGUGUGAUAUCACUUAUUUGACAGUUUCUGUUCAGGCGCUGUUUGACAAUUGGAAAAUGAGAUGUUAUGCUCUGAAAACAGUUGAAUUGCAUGAAAAUUUCUCUUUGAAAGAGGUGAAAGAAGUGUUGGGUGAAAAUACAACAGGUUUGAAUGUUGACAAUAUUUUAUCAGAGGAAAACGACAUCAUAGAAAAUUUUGCAGAUGAAAAUGGGUGUGUUUAUCUUGUGACUCUUUGUAACACUAUUGACAAAGUUGCAAAAUUGUGUAUUGAAGAAAAUAUUGGUAAAAAGUUAGUGAAAAAAGUACAGAAAAUUGUCAAGUUAUUAACAGAGAAUCAAGAGGCUAGAUCAGUGUUUCAUGAGAAGCAGAAUGUUUUGCAACUACCAACUAAAAGCCUUGUGCAUUGUAACAAUAGGAUUUGGACUAGAUGUCUGGCAACGUUUGAGUCUGUUCUUGAACAAAGUAAUGCCAUAAUCGCCACCUUUAAUGAUCCAAGGGUGAAAGCCCUUGAUAUGGUUGAUCAGUUCACAUCAGGUGAUUUUGCACUUAUUCAGACAUUCAUAAACAUGCUGGUACCAUUGAAAACGGCUUUGACCUUGACCAAAGACAUGAAACAUCCCACUGUUGCAGUUAUUUUACCAGUACUGAAAAAGCUUGAGAUGAGUUUGGCGGAUAGAGAAACUGACUCGCAGCAGGUUGUUGAACUGAAGAUAAAGAUGGUUAGAACUCUGAAGCAACAUUAUGAAGUUACGGACAGGAGACAUUUUCUUUUGUUGUGCUCCUUGUUAGAUCCAAGAUUCAAAGGUUUAAAGUUUGUAUGUCAGUCUGACCAAGAUGUUGCAUAUGAACAACUAAAGCAGGGUGCGUUGGAACUGAAAAAUACGUUCAAAACAACAGAAGGAACGGAAUCUGACCAGAUGGAUAAAUAUGUUGUGGUGAAGGUAGAGGUUAGUGACGACUACCCUGAUAACGAGGCCACGGGGUCUGAUAGGUAUUCGAGAAAUUCAGAAGAAGCAGACGGGAAUUCGGAUCUGCAUCAGAGAGCAAAAAGACAGAAAUUGAUGGAUAACGCACCCAAAGCUUGCGAAAAUGCAGCAGAUGAUUGGUUUGCUGAUGUGAUUCAAGAGAUAAAAGAUGGUCAGCCUGAGGAAGACAGUGUCACUGUCGAGAUAAAUAGAUACAAGGGUGAGAUACAGAUAAGUUCAGGUUCUUCACCGCUAGCAUGGUGGAGGGACAGACAAAAGUCGUUCCCACUACUAUCUCAGAUAGCAAAGCGUUAUGUAUCUGUUCCAGCACUACUGGGAACCAAGGACGAGACUACAGAAAGAUGGUAUCGGAGACAGAGAGGAUGUAUCCCAGUUCAUCUUGUGGACCCAGUAGUUUUCUUGCAUGCUAAUUAUGAAAAGGUCAAGAGAUUAGGAGAUGAAUUCUGAAGAAAUAAUUCAUUAUAUUAUACAUAGUUUAUAGGUAGUAAUGUAACCACGAUAAAUAUGUGAUCAUGUUUUGACAAAGAAUUAAUGUUUUGUUAUGAAAAAUAGAAGUAGGACAGAUGCAAAAAAAUGAAUUAAAGUUCUUAGAAACUU